AUGUGGGGAAAUCUUGCAGGCCGUUUAGGGGCAAACGAUCUCAAUUCCACUCUCCAGAAGAUUGGAAAUGCUGUCGCCCCACCGCCUGGAGAAGAUGACUACGACGACGACGAUGAUGAGGAGGAGGAGUAUGAUGAGGAGUACGACGAUUACGAGGAUGAGGAUGAAGACUACGAUGACGGCGGUGGCGUGGGUCAUGGAGGACUUGGGUUUGUUGGCUUAAUUUCUCGUGUUUUGGAUGAUAACAAGGAGAUCGAUGAAGCUGAAGUUGAUGAUGACCUUGAUGAUGAAGUUGAAGGAGAAAAUAAUGAUGAAUCUCUGAUACCCUCCAAUGCUGCAUUGAGUCACGCGACGAUUGGAAAGAACGAUCGUAAAGACACUUCUGGCCACACUGCAACUCUUCCGAAUACUGUUGAAGUAAAGGAAGAUAGCGCCAAGCAUACUGACCCAGUAAUCCCAACGAACGACGACAUUUAUAUGAAAUCGGAAAGAGUUCCAGUUCAAGUUGAUAGCAAUUCAACAGCAGAAUUUGGUUCGUCAAAGUCAAUUGGAAAUCCGGCAAUAUCUGUACAGCACAAGGGAUUGAGCGAAAAAAAAUCGACUUUGGGUCCAGGUAACGUGCCAAAAAGAAGUGUAGAUAAUGCGACUAUCCCUGCUGCCGGGUCAAGCGACAACACCAGUCCCCUAAUCCCCGAAACUUCCAGAGCUGAGUUGCAUGACCCGGCACCACAGAAGCUAUCAACACAAGGCCUAGAGAAAGGAGAUCAUGACACUUGGAGUGGCGACAGUUCGCUAGAUCGACGAAUAGACACAGUUGCAACGACGAGGGCAACGGAAGACGAGAAAGAGCCUGAAAAGUCUAUUUCUGCAUCGCCGAAGUACGAAGACAUGGUCCCGUCGUCUACAUCUAAGACGUCCAUUGUAGCAACAACAAAAAGUGUGAGCCAAAGAAGCCAAGUCAAUGCCCCAGGCUCCACCUCUGAAAUUGACAGGAGCAAUGUUCCCGAACAAGUCAGCGGUCAGUCUGGAAUUCUUCCCAACGAACUGAUGCACGAUGGUCUCGCCAUGGAAAACAAACGACUGAUGGAGGAACUGAACAAAGCACAAGAAAAAAUUGCGGAGUUACAAGAAAGGGCGAGUCAGGAUGAAAAGCACGUGAAUUCAGCGAGAGAAGAACUAAUGGUAGCCUUUCAAGAGAAAGAAGCGCGGUUGUUGCGAGCUACAACAGAAGAACACCAUCAGGAAAUUAUGCGAAUCGAGCAAGAGAGACAGUUGGAAAUGCACUCACUGAAUGAACAAAUUGCGAAGGUUAGAACUCAAUUGGUUACCCAGCAAACAAAAUUCAAAGCAAUAAUCGAGGAAAGCGACGCACGCGCAGAAAGGGCAGAGGCAAACCUUGCUGCUUCUCAGAAAGCACAUGAGGGCCAACUAGUACAGCACCAAAAGAGAGAGGAGAGGUCUGUGCGAUCUGCAGAAGACAAGGUUGCACAUACACUUGCAUUGCUGGAUGAACGCAACGAUCAAAUCGCUGAUCUCAAAGAGUUGCUUCGGGAUUUAGAAUCGAAAAUGACAAAACACCAAGAGGGAGAGGAAGAAGCUGAAGCGGAAGCAGAUGAACUACAAGAUCACGUUGACGAGCUAGAGCAUGAAUGCGAAGAGUUGAAAGUACGUGUAGCACAGCUUGAAGAAGAGGCGGAGAAGUAUAGUGGAAUGCAGAUGGAGCUGACAGUACUGAGGGAAGAACGAGACAGGGAAAGAAAGCAUAACGAAAACGUUGUUGAAUCAGCUAUGCAGUCGAACACACGAAUUGAAACGGAGCGCGAUGAAGCCAUUUCUGAACUACGAGACGUCAAAAUCCAACUAGCGGCGUCAACGGCUGACCUUGAGAUUGCGAGAGCAGAUGUUGAUCGAAUGACGGUGGCUAAUAAUAAUCUCAGUGAUGCUCUUGAGGCGUUCCAAGACGAGAGGCGUGCAGAGUUGGAGCUUCUCGAACAGCAAAGAGCUGAGGCUGAGAAAGCACUUGCGUCUUCUCAUAAUGCGGCUAUCGCAGCCCUUCGUGAUGCUCACAACCAUGAGUUGAAAAAGCUUCAAGACGUUGCUGACACAGCCGUGAGACAUAAAAUGGACGAAUUGAGGUCUCUAGAAACCCAUAUCAACAAGCUGAAAUCGGAGAAUACCCAAAUGCGCAGGUCUCUUGACGAAGCAAUCUACAGGUUGCAAACCAGUCAAGAGGACGUAAUCGAUCGCACCCUAAUGAAGAAUAUUCUGCUCGACUGGUGCACAAUGAAGGACAAGGGUAAAAGACAACAAGUGCUUGAAUUGAUGGCCAGUGUUUUACACUUCAACGAAGACGAACGGGACAAGGUGCAUCUGACGCACAUGGAUAUAGAAUCGGUUCGAUCGAGAGUUGUCGGAGCGAUUGCUGCCCCGCUGCCGCCUUCCAAAACAGAUGUUGAUGCGCUAGAAGGCGCCAACGUACGUGAGAAGUUUCUGAGCUUUAUGCUGGCCGAAACAGACGAGGGUUUUUAG